CGGGGGCGGUGCCCGGGUUCGAGUCCCGCGUCUGCUCGCACCGGCCCGCAUCGCUCCGCUCGGCUCCGCUCCCCUCCCGCCCGCUUCGCCGGGCCCCGCUGGCCGCGGAGAUGGGCGACAUGGAGUCCUACAAGGUGAUGCUGAAUGGGCCGGCACCCUGGGGCUUCAGGCUGCAGGGAGGGAAGGAUUUCAGCAUGCCGCUCUCCAUCUCCAGGCUGACUCCGGGCGGGAAGGCGGCCCAGGCCGGCGUGGGAGUGGGUGACUGGGUGCUGUACAUCGACGGGGAGAGCACCAGUGCCAUGACACACAUCGAGGCCCAGAACAGGAUCCGUGCCUGUGGGGACAGGCUCUGCCUCACCCUGAGCAGAGCCCAGAACCAGCUGGGGAAGCCACAGAAGGUGCUGAGCCUUGACAAGCAGCCCCCGCAGCUGCUGGAGUCCCCCAGCACCCCUGUGUGUGACCCUGUGAAGCUGCGGAUGUUAGAGGACAUUGACGACUCAAAGCCCCACAGCUGGACCUCGCAGUCCCGCUCCUUCCGCAAACUGUCCCGGCUGGUGGGCACGAACAGCAUGGAGGAUGGUGAGGACGAGCUUGUUAAAAAGCCCAGUCACUCAAGGGAAGCUCUUUGCCCUGUUGCUGUUUCUUCUCUCCCUCUUCAAGAGUCGAGCUGUUGGUGGAGCUGCAGAGCUCACUCUGCGCUCACCCCACAGUGGGCACCGCCAGAGCUCAGCCACUGGUCUGGCCAUCACCUUGGGAGGGUCCUGCCUGGACGCCCACCGGCCGGACAAGAUGUCCUGUGCCGGGUAGGACCUGCUGGGCACUGCUGGCACCAACCUGGGGAGGCCAAGCUCUGCCAUUGCUUCUUGAGGAAAAGGGAUCUGGAGAAGGCUGGUGCACUGACAACACCUUGCUGGGGGUAUUGGGAGGUGCUAGGCAGCAACUGGACAAUGUGCCGUGAGCCUGGCAUGGGGCUGCGGGAUGGCAGGGCAGAGCUGGGUGAGUGUUGCCAACUUCUUCUAGUUCUGGAGUGCAUUUGUGAGGGAUGGGCUGAGCCAUGGUCAAAUACUGAGUGCUGUGCUACCAUUUUUUCCAAUAUCACAGGGAUGCCCGUGGGUCCAGCUGGGGCACAGUGGAGCAGUGUGGAGGAUGGUGAGGAUGAGAUUGUUAAAAAGCCCAGGGAUGCCCACGGGUCCACCUGGGGCACGGGGCAACAGCGGCAGCCCCCGCAGCUGCUGGAGCCCCCCAGUGACACUGUGUGUGACCCUGUGAAGCUGCGGAUGUUAGAGGACAUUGAUGACUCAAAGCCCCACACCUGGACGUCCCAGUCCCGCUCCUUCCGCAAACUGGCCCGGCUGGUGGGCGCAAACAGCAUGGACGAUGGUGAGGAUGAGCCUGUUACAAAGCCCAGACUCGAGCUGUUUCCAGAGCUGCACAACAGGCACUGCCAGCGCUCAGCCACUGCUCUGACCAUCACCUCAGGAGGGUCCUGCCCCAAGAACCCACCUGGAGAUUCCCAUGGGUCCAGCUGGGGCACAGUGGAGCAGCGGCAGCCGCUGGAGUCCCCCAGCACCCCCGGGUGUGACCCUGGGAAGUUGCGGAUGUUAGAGGAUGCUGAGGGCUGGCAGCCCCGCACCGGGACCUCCCAGUCCCGCUCCUUCCGCAAACUGGCCCAGCUGACGGGCACAGAUGGCAUGGAGGAUGGUGAGGAUGAGACUGUUAAAAAGCCCAGGGAUGCCAGGGGGUCCAGCUGGGGCACGGUGGAGCAGCGACAGCCCCCACAGCCACUGGAGCCCCCCAGCACCCCUGGGUGCAACCCCGGGAAGCUGCGACUGAUAGAGGACGCUGAGGACUGGCAGCCCCGCACCGGGACCUCGCAGUCCCGCACCUUCCGCAAACUGGCCCAGCUGACGGGCACAGACAGCAGCAUGGAGGAUCAUGAUGAUGUGUUUGUUAGGAAGCCCAGCCAGGUCUCCGUGCCGGACCCGUCCCCAGGAGCAACGAUGAAGACUGAGCCAGGACUGGCCCCCAGGACCCCCAGUGCCACCCCUGGCCCCACCAGCCGCCCACCCUGGGCUGUGGACCCCUCGUUUGCCGAGCGCUACGCCCCGGACAAGACGAGCACGGUGGUGAGCAAGCACAGCCAGCCGGCCACGCCCACCCCCAUGCAGAACCGCAGCUCCAUCGUGCAGGCGGCCCAGCAAGCCCCCGAGGGGCCUGGCCGCACCCCCCUCUGCUACAAGUGCAACAAGGUCAUCAGGGGACGGUACCUGGUGGCGCUGGGACAUUAUUACCACCCCGAGGAGUUCACCUGCUGCCAGUGCAGGAAGGUGCUGGAUGAGGGCGGCUUCUUUGAGGAGAAAGGCUCCAUCUUCUGCCCCAAGUGCUACGACACGCGCUACGCGCCCAGCUGCGCCAAGUGCAAGAAGAAGAUCACUGGGGAGGUGAUGCACGCACUGAAGAUGACCUGGCACGUGCAGUGCUUCACCUGCAACGCCUGCAAAACUCCCAUCCGCAACCGAGCCUUCUACAUGGAGGAGGGACAGCCCUACUGUGAGAGAGACUAUGAGAAGAUGUUUGGCACCAAGUGCCGUGGCUGUGACUUCAAGAUCGAUGCUGGAGACCGGUUCCUGGAGGCGCUGGGGUUCAGCUGGCAUGACACUUGCUUUGUCUGUGCGAUCUGCCAGACCAACCUGGAAGGGAAGACGUUCUACUCCAAGAAGGACAAGCCGCUCUGCAAGAGCCACGCUUUCUCCCACGUGUGAGGGGUGGGAGUUCAGCUGUGCCCACGCGUGCCCCUGGCCCUGCAUGCUCCUCUCCCCCUGCCCUGCUGCCCCCAGGGAGUCAGGCUGGGCCCUUGGCCCUUUCCCCUGCUCCUGCCUCUUUCCUGGCAGCUCCUGGCUGAACUCCAGCCAGAGACAGUGCUGGGUCCAGAUCCCCUUAUAGCUGUGUGGCUUCUUAUAUGCUUCUCGACUGGCCCUAGGAGCCCUGGGAAGGGGAUGCUGCAUGGAUCUCCUGCCCCUGAGCCGUGCAGCAUGGUGGGCACAACCGUGCUGAGGCUGGAAUUGGAAGGGGUCUGCUACAGCCAGGUUGCUCCCUUGCUGCCUGGCAGCUCAGUGCUGAGGCAGGGAUACUCCUUACACAUCCCUGAGUGGGUGAGGACCAGCCCCUGUUCCACUCUCCCCUACCUUCUCUGCUGUGUGCUCGGGGCUGGAGACCCGGCCCUGCUCCCCUGCUGGGGCCCUGCCCAUGGCAACCCACCAGUCCCCCCCUCAAACUGCUGCGGUGGCUUCCAGCCCCGCUUGCAUUCCAGGGGCGUCUGUGCCUCGUGCCCCUCACCCUGCUGGCCCACUGCUCCCCUGGGGCUGGCAGCACCUCCAGCUGAUGGCCAGCCCAGCUGGACAGCUGCUCCUGCAAGGCUUGGGCACAGCUUCCUACCAAAGAGGUCUCUGCCACUGCCAUCCUGGGCCCAUCGAUGCCUCCCCCCAACCCACACCCUUCCGUUCGGGCUGCACUGAUGUAGCCACGGUGCUUUUAGUGCCUUUAAUAAACACUUCUCUGCAAGUGC